CAAUCAAAAUGCAGGAUUUGCAUUAGUCCACCAGUUGGGUGAUACUAAUAACCGAUAGUAUUCGGGAUCUAUAACGGUUAAAGCAUCUUCAGUUCUCCCUUGGGAUUCUUCAGAUUUCCUCAGCAAUCUUCCGCUCUCUGUGGACAUGUUCAUCAAGUUAAGUUUUUGGAAAAUAGUCGGAAACGAGGAAUGGAAGAGUGCCAAAGCAUUGGCAUGGUAUUUGUAUCAUUUUUGGAAAGAACUAGUAUUAAACCUCCUCGUGUAGAUAAAAUGGACACGGAAAAAUCCCCCCUGUUCCAUAGAAAACCAUAACAUAACUAAUAAUCAUGCUAUGUAAGACAACCAACUAUGAGCUUUUUCUAUUCUAGUCACAAAGUCGUCGACGUUCUCGACAAAUAAACAAAGCUGUGAAAAACAGAUCAGGGCAACCUGACACUCCCUUCCAGAGACUGGGGCGACAUCCCAUGACCGCACCCAGUAACAGCUCGUCGUUUUUUGGCUACGAUGGCGAUUCUGAUGAAGAAACCUGGGGGCGAGGGGGGCUCAUGUCUAGAGUGGGUUCCAGUCGCGCUCGUGUGUCGGAUUCGGGUGCAUCGUACAUGUCUGAAUUGGCACGUGGAGGGCACGUGACAGACUCGCAAUCCUCCAUGUUUCGCAAGUACAGUAGGACAGCGGGUAGUGCUGGUGCCCGAAAGGAUGUGUCUUUCUCGAAUUUAGAGGACCAGUUGUCUUACGGUUUCCUUGGUAACGAUGAAAGUAUUUGUGACUUAGAAGACGGUCAAUCCUUUGCCAGGCCUAACAGAGCACGCCGCCAAAGUAAACUGAAAGAAAAGGGAGACGGAGUCAAGAGGCCUGGGAAGUACUACCACAGCAAAGUGAUUGACGACAUGGGUCAAGCGACGGCAUCAUUUGCUGACACUAACAUGACGUAUGGGUCGAAACAGAGGCUGAGCCAAGCGCGUGUCUCUUUGAUUGAUGCUAAUAUUCCUUCACCCUGUGACUCAACACUUGUGAUAAAGCGAUCUGUAGUUGUUCGUCCUGCUUCUGUAAAGGAAUCUUCGCAGAAAAAGAAAGAAGAAACAGAAAAAGAGUUCUUGCAAACAGAGUUUCUGCCUCGAGUCCGCCAGGAACAACAAGAAAAUUCACAAAAUUAUUCUGAAAAUGUGGAUCAAGUUCCGGCACUGGAAGCUCCUCCAGUAGAAGCUGAGAUAACUCAAACGACUGGUACAACGUCUCCUACUCAAGCGCGGGAAAAACCUAAACUGCUCUCUAAACGGACAAUCCAAGAGAAAAGUAAGCCCCUCGUGUCACUGGAGGAUUUAAACUUUAUUCAUAGACUUCCGGUCUCGAGUGCUUUUACUUACUCGUUCUACGAGCUACCCAAUCAGCAUCGAGAACACAAUGAAUCAAUCAAGAAAGCCGCUAGCCGCAUUGCUCGCCGUAAAAAGGAGACUGGUCAUUUCCGGCGUAAGAGCGCGCCCUAAAAGGAAUGCGAUAUUGGUAUUUCAUAAUUUAGUUAGUAAUUUUUUCUUAAAGAAUAGAUCGUCUUUGGUGUAGUUCCAUCAUUCCUAGGUCUUUUCAAAGAAGCUUGCUUUCAAGUCAAGGAGUAGGCGGGAUUUCUUACGUGAAAAUCCUCAUCCGAGAUGUUUCCAGUCGUCAUUGUGCAUUCAGAGUGCAGACUCACAUUUCGUCAUCUUUUGCAUUAUAAGGUCCUCUUGCUUAAAACCGCGGGCUCAGUCAUAUGGUGCAACGUGUCACUUGCGUAGAAUUACGCGCACGCGCACGCGUGCACUUGCUUCCUAGUGCGCGGUUGCAAUACCGUGCCAUGAGUUCCUAACUCUGCAGUCGAGAUGAGUAUUACUGUAGUUCAUUCAUUUCCAUAGUUCACCCUGGGAGAAUUUGGCCUUAAGCUAAUAAUAUAGUAUAUCGAUAAGGACUUGAUUCUCAUUAUGCUCAUCCCUUAAUCAGGUAUUGUACAGUCAAGGUAUUAAAAUGAUUGGUUGAGCUAUAGGGGUUAAUUAAUGCGAAGUCAUAAUAUCAGUGACUUGCUAUUGUAAUUGCAGCGGUACUUGUUAAUGUAAACAGACAGUUUUUUUUUUAAUUUGUUUAGUUUUAAGUUAAAUUAUGUAACAAGUAAAUAAAUGUUAAUGCCAUAGAAUAAACUGUUGAUUUUGAGACCUAUAUUGUUCGUAGCGUCUAUUUCUUUUUCUUAGUACUUUACCGUAACUGUACUUCUAAAAAUAACCGAAUAGCAGGUAGCGCUUGUUUACAUCCAGUUACCUAUACUUAAUGUAGUCGGACACUAAAAACUUAACGAUUUUGCAAAGAUAAAAUGGUCUGAAACCAGAAGAUUUUAUGGCUAGGAAGCUUACUCAGGCCUUGGGCCUGUCUAAGGCCUAGGUCACACUAACGACAUAAUGACAUAAGCGACAUAACGACAUAAUGGCUCAUGUCGUUAAUGCCAAGAUUUUCACACUGCAGAGAUAACGACAUAACGCCCCUCUUAGUCUACAUCGUUAUGUUUGCGCCGUUAUGUCGCUAGUGUGAACUAGGCCUAAGUGUUUUGCUAUGUCACGCAACUCAAAGACAGAGUACAAUGUUCUUUCUGUUUCGCGAGGGGGUUAAACUGUUUUGGGAUGUGUGACGUGACGCGUCCUUGUGCAAUAGAAGACAAAGUUUUGGUUGCGGGAUUACACAGCUCACAAACUUGGUGACUCUGCCACAACUUAGUAUGCGUAUCUCUCCA